AUCCACAAGUAUCGUAAUGCACGAUGAUGCAGCGCUGCCAACUUCUUCCAAGGCAAUUUUUCAAUUGCCAACCCGAAAUCUGCUUUUGUUAUCGAGUCCGUUCACCAGCGUCCAGCUUAUAUGGGUUCUGACUCAAGCCUUUGGACCACGCCAACUCCGCGAUCUGGGCUUUACCGAAAGCGGCAUUCCCAUGGUUCUGCUAGCCGGGCCUAUUGCUGGUGCCGUUGUGCCUCCGCUUCUUGCCGUUUCAAGCAACGGGUCCCGUGGGCCCUGGAUUAUCGCUGGAGUCAUGUGCGUAAUGACUUCGCUCAUGGGCUUAGCCUGGGCCAAAGAAAUAGGCCUUACGAUUGCCAAGGUCUUGGGUUAUGGGUCGGCUGCCGGCUUGGCAGCCAAAAUUACAGCCGUCAUCACCUUAUAUGUGAUGAACAUAGCAAUGCAGCCGGUGUUAUUCAACCUACGAGCCCUACUUAUGGACUUGUGUCCUUUGGAGCAACAGGCUGAAGCCAGUCUCUGGAUUACGAGAUACUCGACCGGAGGUUCCUGGUUCGACGCUAUCGAACGACGUUGGCAAUAUACGAGUUGA